UCUCCACUCUAAUCCAGGAGAAUAAAGCAGGUCAUUGUGACAUCAUCAUUGGGCAGCGAAUCAGGUGGGCACCUCCCUUCAAUAACUUCCUUGUUCUAGAGGAGUUCUUAGGCCGCUUCAAUGGAAGGAGGGAGCCAAGAAGAAGGCCUGGCAGAAGUCCAAAGAUGAUAAUUACAACAUGGAUUGCAUACAUUCUUGCCCGGCGUGGUGUUGGGUUCCCCUUCCCACCAAAAACCAGUUCAGACGUUGAAGUUGUGGAAAGCGAGGCUGUGUCUGUAGUACAGCACUGGUUGAAAAAAACUGAAGAAGAGGCUUCCCAGGACAUAAAACAAAAGAUGUCCAACAACUUCCCUCCCAUCCAUGGAGAAAAUGUACAUGUGACCAGAGAUGUGGUGAAGCACCAUCUCUCAAAGUCUGAUUUGUUAGCAAACCAGAGUCAAGAGGUCCUGGAGGAAAGAACAAGAAUCCAGUUCAUAAGGUGGAGCCAUACCCGUAUCUUCCAAGUGCCAAGUGAGGUGAGAAAUGAUGUCAUGCGUGAACGAAUAGAGCAGGUGAGACAAAGCUUGUGCCGUCUCACCGAUGAAUCUUCUCAGGAGCUUCCCUACAGAAAUUCCUUCUCAGACUGCUGAGAGCCUCAGGUUAUGUCCUUCAGGGUCAAGGAGCAGCCUGUGUAAGAAGAACGCCCACCUCCUCUUUGACCUGUGGAGUGACCACACUUGGGCGGAUCCUGUGGGUGAGCCCUCCCCUGUAACAGUGGCAGCCCUGGAAUAGUCUCAGUGAACUGCGAAUAAAGAGACAUGCUA